GAACUCAAACGACUUGGCUGGAUGCUGGAACUCCAGAAGGCCGUCUCUACCACUAGAAGAGAUGAAGUUCACAUCAGUCCUGAUCAUUUGGCUGAAUCUACUGGCACAUCCGAAAGUCUUCAGUCUGACCACCGUCUGGCCUACCAUACACCAGUCCCGCGCACAACGUUGUUAAGUGAUCCCACUUCUUCAGCUUCCACCUCGUCUAGUCAUGUAGCCUCAUCACCGAUAUCUUGGCGGCCUGUUUUCGCUGCUUUGUCGGAUCGCGAUCUGCUCCUUUACGAUACAGCGCCUAUCACUCGCGAAGAGUGGGCCAACCCAAUGAAAGCCCACCCUCUGAUAGCCACACGACUCGUGCAGGUGGGCAACUGGAGUCAAUCUCCAAGCAGCAGUGUCGGGGACGGCGGUGAGCAGGCUUCUAGCAAUACAGGUAAGUCAGAUCACUAG